AGUUACUUUUACUUUCAAUUUCAGUUUUAACACAUUAGAAGGUAGAAAUUUAUAACUUGCUCAGUUUUUUCCAGCUUUUAUAAAGGAAGGAAUAGAAGGUGGAAGGAACAAGUGAGCAACCAGUGAGCUGCGGAGAGCUAACUGUUCUUGGACCCCUGGUGCUGCAGAGAAGGAGCUUUCCUAGGUUGGCAGGUUGUCAUGGCAUCUGGACCCAAUAUGACGGCCCCCAUUUGUCUGGUGGAAAACUACAAUAUGCAGCUGUCAGUGAACCCAACAGCUAUACAGAUUCUUGAAAAGAUUUCUCAACCAGUAGUGGUGGUGGCUAUUGUAGGACUGUAUCGUACAGGCAAAUCCUAUUUGAUGAAUCGUCUUGGAGGACAGAACCGAGGUUUCCCUCUGGGAUCUACAGUGCAGUCUAAAACCAAGGGCAUCUGGAUGUGGUGUGUGCCUCACCCCACCAAGCCAAACCACACCCUGGUCCUUCUGGAUACUGAGGGCCUGGGUGAUGUGGAAAAGGGUGACCUUAAGAAUGACUCAUGGAUCUUUGCCCUGGCUGUGCUUCUGUGCAGCACCUUUGUCUACAACAGCUUGGGUACCAUCAACCACCAGGCACUGGAGCAGCUUCAUUAUGUGACAGAGCUCACAGAACUAAUCAGGGCAAAGUCCUCCCCCAAAAGGGAUGAAAUUGAAGACUCUGCAGAAUUUGUGAGUUUCUUUCCAGACUUUAUCUGGGCUGUACGGGAUUUCACACUGGAGCUGAGGUUAAAUGAUCAUCCUAUCACAGAAGAUGAGUAUCUGGAGAAUGCUUUGAAGCUGAUUUCAGGCAAAAAUUCCAGAAUCCAAGCAUCCAAUAAACCGAGAGAGUGCAUCAGGCAUUUCUUUCCAAAACGGAAGUGUUUUGUCUUUGACCGACCAACAAAUGACACAAAACUUCUAGCCAAUAUUGAGAAUAUACCUGAAAAUGAACUGGAUCCCAAUUUCCGGACACAAUCAAACAAUUUUUGUUCUUACAUCUUCACCCACGCAAGGAUCAAGACUCUCAGAGAGGGACUUAUGGUCACUGGGAAUCGGCUGAGGACUCUGGUGGUGACCUAUGUGGAUACCAUCAAUACUGGAGCAGUUCCUUGUUUGGAGAAUGCAGUGACAACUCUAGCCCAGCUUGAGAAUUCUGAGGCUGUGCAGAAAGCAGCCAGCCACUAUAGUGAGCAGAUGGCCCAGCGACUGAAGCUCCCCACAGACACGCUCCAGGAGCUGCUGGGUGUGCAUGCAGACUGUGAGAGGGAAGCCAUUGCAGUGUUCAUGGAGCAUUCGUUCAAAGAUGAAAAUCAGACAUUCCAGAAGACUCUUGUGGAACUAAUAAAGGAUAAGAAGGAGCAUUUCUUGCAGCAGAAUGAAGAGGCAUCAGUUAAAUACUGCCAGUCUAUCCUCGAUCAGAUUUCAAAGCCCCUAAUGGAAAGUAUUUCAGCAGGAACUUUCUCUGCUCCUGGAGGACACAAACUCUACAGGCAAGCAAAGGAAAGUAUUGAAUGGGACUAUUCACAAGUACCCAGGAAAGGAGUGAAGGCAAAUGAGGUCCUCCAGGGCUUUCUGCUGUCACAGGCUUCAAUAGAGGAAUCUAUCUGGCAGGCAGAUAAAGCCCUCUCUGAUGGGGAGAAGGCCAUAGCAGCUGAGCGGGCCUGUAAGGAGGCAGCUGAGAGGGAACAAAACCUGCUAAAACAGAAACUACUAGAACAGGAACAGCAGAUAGAGGCACAACAGAGGAGUCUCCAGGAAAACAUAGCUCAACUGGAAAAGAAGCUGGAGAGGGAGAGAGAAAACAUAAUAAAAGAACAGAAUAUGAUGUUGGAGCAUAAGCUGAAGGUCCAACGAGAUCUGCUCAAUGAAGGAUUUAGAAAGAAAUCUGAAGAGAUGAAUGAGGAAAUAAGGCAGUUGAAAUAUAGGAUUGAAACUACUGAAAAUAGUCCCUCAUUUUUACAAGUCUUGGAGAGAUUUGGUAGUGAGAUUGUUUCAAUAUUUACUUCUCCUGGUAGAAUUAUUGGUACUAUUAUAAAAGGUGUGAGCUCACUAUUUAAAAAGAAUUAACUCUUCUUUUAAAGAAAUUUAAAAAUGUAGAUAUAUAUACUCUGGCCUAUUUUUGGCGUGUAUGCUUUUCACUUUUAUUCAACAAAGUUUUAAAUAUAAAAAGUGUCUACAAAAGGAUAUCAAUGCUUGGCCCACAUUAGAUAGAAUAAAUGUAUGUACACUUUGAUAUAGCAUGUUGUUAAGGAAACAUACAUGUGCAAAAUUGUAAAUAUAUAUAAAAUCCACUGAGGUAUCACUUUAAAUGACAAAAGAUUGCUUAAUUAUAUUACUUAAAUAUCUAGCUAUAUAAAUUGGUAAUAUAAAUUGAACAUGUGCCUACACUGGAAUACUAUGUAGCCAGGAAAUAAACUGACAGUGGAGCUCUAUUUGUACAAACACAGAAAAAUCUUGAGUAAAGAAAUAAAGUAUAAAGCAGUAUGUAAAA